AACCACUAUAAAAACCCGCUCUUAUUUGAGAUCAAAAGGGGACUUUAAUAGACGAUUUAAUCCCAAUCUUCUCCAAUCAAUAGAGCAAAGCUUCGCCGUGCCGUUCGUCGUCACCACCGACCUCCGUUCUCCGAGAGGUACUGCAAUGAGGGGAAGGAGCUACACUCUAUCACCAUCACCACCUAGAGGUCAUGGAAGGCGAGGUCGAAGCCCAAGCCCAAGCCCUAGAGGAGGAGGCCGAUAUAGAGCUCGUAGCAGUCUUUUUGUUUGCCAACUAAGCCGUGAUUGCAGGGAAGGAGAUCUCAGGAAGUCAUUUAAACAGUUCGGUCCUCUCAAGGACAUUCACUUGCCAAGGGAUCAUCGUACGGGAUAUCAGAGAAGGUUUGGCUUCGUUCAAUUUGAGGAUCCUGCUGAUGCUGCUGAGGCAAAAGAUCACAUGGAUGGUUACGUUCUUCUUGGCCGUAAGAUGGCUGUUGAAUUUGCUGAAAAUAACAGGAAGACACCGACUAAAAUGAGAGCAAAGCAGCGUGGUGAUGGAAGGUUUCGGGAUAGAAGGCGUAGUUCCCCUCGUUACCACUCUCGCUCGCCUAUGUCUUCUCGUUCUCCUUCUCCUUAUAGAAGACGUCACUCAAGUCGCAGGAAAGAAGGAUAUGAUAGGAGGAGGAGGUCCUACUCACGCUCACCCGCCAGCAAUGGCUCAAGGGGUCGCAGUGCAAGUCCAGCCACAAGUAAGAGCCGCAGCAUAAGCCGUAGCCCCAGAAGAAGCAUUAGCCGUAGCCCACGCAGAAGAAGUAUUAGCCGUAGCCCGAGGAGAAACAAGAGUUCGAGUCUUAGGAGAAGAAGGAGCAACACACCUAUACCAGCGAGCAGAAACAGGAGUAGGAGACCUAGGAGAAUAAGGAGCAAAACACCUGUACCACCAGCGAGAAGCCGCAGCCCACGUGGGGAGCAAUAGGAAGACAGUUCACCAAGCCAGUGAUUGAUUCUUCACUCUGUUAAUAGUCCUCUCUAGUCUUUAUGGUUGUCUCUCUUUUUUUUUUUCUUCCUUAUCCUAAGACAAGGUUAUGAUGAUCUGAAAAGAUGAGAUGUAUGUAGUGUCCAAUCUUGGCUUCAUGUGUUUUGAUGAUCAGUAUUUUUGUAGGAACUUUAUUUUACUACAAUGAUGUCAUCUACGUAAUGAAUAUGCUUUCUUAGAACCAA